UAAUUUACAAUCAACUUAACUAAUAUCACUAAUAUCUUCAAAAUCACUCAUCGAUAAUCACAUUCAUCAAAGAAAUCAUGAAGCAAAAUCUUAUUUUUGUUGUCAUUUUAUUGGUUACGCUUUCAAUGGUCAAUGCUAUUCCAUACUAUCAAUUCGAUAAAAGAGCUACUACGUUUGAACAAUGUCCUACUGGAUCUCAGUUUCCAAUUACUGUAUCGAUUCAACCUGAUCCUCCCGUUCUUGGACAAGAUUGUACUUUUACUGUUACCGGAACCAUAGAUAGUGGUAUUAACCCAGGUACUACUUUAUUGAUAUCCUUAGUUGAUGGUGCUAACAAAGUACUUAACCAGGCAACUAUUAUCGAUAUUUGUACUGCGGGAGCCACGUGUCCAACUACAUCUUUCAGCAUAACAAGAACGAUUACAAUAGAUGCUGGUUUACCUGCAACAUACUCUAUUGUGAUUGCAGUUACGGAUGAGAAUAAAACUAUGUUGAGUUGUGCUCUAGGCACUAUUACUGGUUAAUUAUUAUAUUUCGGAUAUUAUAUUUUUUAUUAAAUUAAAUUUUAGAGAAUUUUACUUUGUUAUUUACUUUUAUUUUUUUUUAGUUUAUAUUUUAAAUAAAUUUUAUUUAUUUGUUUAAACUUGUUAACAUUUUAAAUCUAUUUUUAUAACUCAUAUUAUGUUUAAUAAAUAAAAUUGAUCA